AUGGCAGCGGUGAGCGCCGAGGGGACGGAGGAGGAUUCGGAUGGGGGAAGUGAGGAAUUGGUGCUCACCCCGGCGGAGCUCAUCCGCAGGCUGGAGCAGGCCUGGCUGAAUGAGAAGUUUGCUCCAGAGCUGCUGGAGAGCAAACCUGAGAUCAUUGAGUGUGUUGUGGAGCAGCUGGACCACAUGGAGGCAAAUCUGAAACGGGCAAAGAGAGGAGACUUGAAGGUCAGCAUUCAUCGUAUGGAGAUCGAAAGGAUCCGUUAUGUGCUCAGCAGCUACUUGAGGUGUAGACUCGUGAAGAUAGAGAAGUUUUUCCCCCAUGUCCUGGAGAAGGAGAAGUCUCGAUCUGAAGGGGAGCCUUCCAUUCUGUCACCAGAGGAGUUUGCCUUUGCUAAAGAGUACAUGGCAAACACAGAGACUUACCUGAAAAACGUGGCCCUAAAGCACAUGCCACCCAACCUGCAGAAAGUCUCUCUCCUGAAAUCAGUGCCCAAGCCCAACCUGGACUCCUUUGUGUUCCUUCGUGUGCUGGAGCGGCAGGAGAACAUCCUGGUGGACCCAGACAUGGAUGAGCAGAGAGAGUACACCAUCGACCUGGAGCUGGGCUCCCAGCACCUCAUCCGCUACAGGACCAUUGCCCCACUGGUGGCCUCGGGAGCUGUGCAGCUCAUCUGAGGGCAAGCAUGCUGGUGACAUGUGAGUGCCUCAUCUGCCAAGAAGC